CGUUCCGUCUCUGAACAUAACUCCUACAUUUAUCGUUAUUUACAAGAAAUUCGGCGAUUAUCUUUAUAUUUUGUACGUUACACUUACAUGCCGUCAAUUAAUGCUUAGUGCUACCACGUGAUGAGUUUUAACACAUUUUAAUGUGAUUCAUUUGAAAAGCACCGCGUCUGCCUACUAAGAGUACUUUAGACUGAACUGCAAUAUUUGGAAAAAAAGCGAAACACUGAUCGUCGAUCAUAAACUUUUCAAAACACCAGCUACCAAAUGUUAAAAGUUUCCGUCCGUAUGCUUCCCGUUAUCAAGCAAAUUCAGACCGCUUUACGUCAUUUUUUGUGCAGGUAACUGAUGAUUCGCUAGAAGUCCAAGUUCGGAUUCAAAUCCUUCGCAAAAUAAACGUUUAGAGGUGCAGACUACGAGAUGUACUUAAUUACAAGUAAAAUGUAAAAAUGAGUCAAUUACAUGUAAGGAAAAAAAGCUUUGAUAACCCGGUACGAUGAAAAACUCAACAUAAUCUGCAAAAAAAAAAAUCUAUAUUCCUUUUGUUCCCUCAGAUGUAUGCUAUUAAAACAUGCUUCCACAGCUUUGCUAAUGUGAAUUUACUAACAAAAUACUUAAUUAGCCAAUGAAAACUAAAACAAAUGAAUGUCAAGAAAUUUUAAAGGACAGAAGCAAAUAGUUUUUAUGCUAACAGAAGAUAAUAUUUUUAAGUACAGUUAUGUGUUCAAUUAUACAGAGGAAAAGUUAAACGUUGGCCGAAAACCAACUAUUCAAGCAUGAAUAGAUACCUGAAAAUCCGACCUAAGUAGAGUAACAAAGUAUUUGUACUCUUACUUCCCAACACUGCAGUAAAGACAUGCUGAGUAGGUUGAGCUUUAAAAUCGUCUUCUUAUUAUUAUUAAUGAGGUGCACGGCAUUCAACUUGCAUUGGUGUUUUUGACUGUGAUGUCAUUUGUUUGUGCUUCAGGCAGCCAACCAAUCGUAUCCUUCACGUGAUUUCAUUUUGUUUGUGUGUCUGCUUGACCUUGUGUGCAUGACCUUGACGUGCACCCUCAGCUGUCAUCGACCCCUCUGCAGGUGCUCCUGUACCUCAACUGCUGGACUUUUACUGCCCUAUCCGACGAGUAAUUUGAUUCUGGACGUGGCACUGCUGGUUCUGUUCCUCGGUCUGGAGAUACUGCGUAUCUUCUACGGAUGGAAGGGCAACCUGUGUGAGCAUGCGGUGACCAUGGCGGUGUCUCUGUUCCUGCUUCUGCCGUGCAUCACGCUGUCUGCCUACUUCCUGUUUCUGCAAAGUAUGGUGCUGCGUCUGGAGUUCCUAUUAGGCUUGGUGCUGCUAGGCUUCUAUAGCCUCCAGUUCCUGCUCAGCAUCCUGGCCUUGUCCGCCUUCGCCAGGUCCAAAGUUUAUUGACGAGCACCAAGCAUCACAUCGAAAACAUCAGAUUUCAUUUGUACAUAAUUUUGCUACUUAUCUUACAUAUUUUGACAUUUUUACUUUUAUACAAAAAGAGCUAAUAAAGCUCUGAACAUCAAAUAAAUAAAUAGUCCCUAUCAACAACC